AGUUACUGGUUAACCAGGCAGCGGGGCCUAGCUGUGCUAACACUCAGCCUGUACCCAGCCGCGGUUGGACCUUACCCUCCUGCCCCAGGGGUGGGGGGUGCCUGGGAGAUGGAGCCAGUGACUGAGUGGAUCCGACAUCGGUUCCCCACGGUGGGGAAUGUCUGUCCCAGCCAGCUGGAGCAGCUGGUGAAGGAGAACAGGCAGCAGAUACUGCUGCUGGAUGUCCGGAGUCCCGCUGAAUACGAGGUCAGCCACUUACAGGGAGCCGUUCGCAUUGACCCAGAAACUACCGACGUGGAUCAUCUGGUCAAGGAUCUGGGCCUGGCAGGUUCGAUGGACAAGACAGUUGUGUGUUAUUGCACGGCAGGAUACCAUGGUUCUGAAAUGGCAGAGAAACUCCGCAGAUCGUUAACACAAGGCAGUGAGCAGGAGGGGCCUGGCUCACUGAAAGUCUAUAACCUGGAGGGGGGCCUGGUGAAAUGGGCCAACGAGAGCAAGCCCAUGGUGGACAGACUGGGGCAGGCAACGAACCUUGUCCACCCGUACAACAACAUGUGGGCCUACCUGGUAAAGCCGGAAUUCAGGGCUCCUCUCUGAGGGUCUGCAGGGGGAUCUCUCUGAGGGAAUAUACAGCUGCUGGUUUAUAACUCAGGGAGGGGUCACUGCCGGAGAGCGAGCCGUCGAAAGGGGAACAAUGACUUUUCAUUCCAGGAGCGGGGUGAUCACUCAGAAACUGAAUGAGGGAAACCGUGUCUCCGAAUAUUCCUCUUCUGAUGCUCACAAUAAAUUAGCUCUCUCCAGCUAAA